UACAAGGCUGUCGGGAGGGUGCUCUUCGAGCAGGUCUGCAGAGUGAUCAACCUCCUGGAAGUGGACUAUUUUGGACUGGAGUAUGCAGAUUCCACCGGCACAAAGUACUGGCUGGACUACGAGAAGCCCAUGUGCCGCCAGAUGGGGCUGUCCAUGGUCGCCCCCGUCAUGGACUUCUGCGUCAAGUUCUACACGCCCGACCCCGCGCAGCUCGAGGAGGAGUUCACAAGGUACCUGUUCAGCCUGCAGAUCAAGCGAGACCUUUCCUUGGGAAUCUUGCAGUGCAGCGACCCGACGGCAGCUCUCCUGGCCUCCUACAUCGUGCAGGCGUCCUGCGGGGAUUAUGUACCGGAGGACUACCCGGACCACAGCUACCUGUCGACGUACAAGUUUGUGCCCCACCAGAACAAGGAACUUGAGAUCAAGAUCAUGGAUAACCAUAAAAAGCAUGUGGGACAGUCUCCAGCAGAGUCGGAUCUCAACCUGCUCGAAACGGCACGAAGAUGCGAGCUCUACGGCAUCCGGAUGACUGCCGCAAAGGACAACGACGGCCUUCCCCUGAACCUCUCGGUGGCACACAUGGGCGUCAUAGUGUUCCAAAACACCACCAAGAUCAACACUUUCUCGUGGGCAAAGAUCCGCAAGCUCAGUUUCAAGAGGCGCAAGUUCCUCAUCAAGCUCCACCCCGAGGGCUACGGUUACUACAAGGAAACGGUGGAGUUUUUCUUCGAGAGUCGCAACGAGUGCAAGAACUUCUGGAAAAAGUGCAUUGAGAACCACGCCUUUUUCCGUUGCACCGAGGUGAAGAAGACACCCCGGCAGAAAACUCGGCUCUUCAGCCGAGGCUCGUCGUUCAGGUAUAGUGGUAGAACGCAGAAGCAGAUUGUUGAAUAUGUUAGGGAGAACUAUGUGAAGAGGCAGCCCUUUCAAAGAUCAACGAGUCUGCGUCUGCCAUCGCGCAGCAGCGUAGGCACUUCAGAUGACGAAGAGGCGGAGCGCGCGCCAGCUGCAGAGGCGUCCGCCUCCACGACUCCGGCGGCGCUCUCGGAGCCCAGUUCUCCACGGAGGGAGGCGGGCCGCGAAACUACGGCCCCGAGGGCGCCCACGGAGGCGGGAGGGGCUGUGACACCGAGCCAGGACACCGACGACAACGUCUCGCAUGACUCUUACCGCCUCGAGGAGGGGGAUUCGUCGCUGGCCGCGGCGCCCCCCGGCAGCCCAAUUGCCAUUGAUUUGCACUCCCCGCCGCCACCUCCCUCGCCCUCGUCGACGCGAGAAAGAGCGCCGCACAGGGCGGAGAAUGGCAUCGGAGUUGUUGCUCAGAGAGGCCAACAACUGAGGCUUAGCGACGACGUGUCCGCCACGUCUGGCAUCGGUCAGAGUUCACCUCCGCAGGACCAUGGGAGGGACACGACGAUGGGUGACCUCUCUUCCUCGGCGUCAAGGCUCGACUCCUCUGCAAGUGACGUGCGCCGAAAGAAAUACCCGUGCGAAAAGGCUUACUUCAUUGCCAAGGAGUUGCUCAUGGCAGAGCGGACGUACAAGAAGGACCUCGAAGUCGUUGUAAUGUGGUUCCGGGAGCGGAUGGAGAAGGGGCAUGUGGAGGGAGCGCCCACGGAAACCCUGUCGCUGCUUUUCUCGCUUCUGGCCCCACUGUACAAGCUGCACUGCUGCCUGCUGCUCGACCUGGAGCAGCGCCUGGCCGCCUGGGAGGGCAAGCCCAUUCCCACAAGCUAUUCGAACGUGCAGGGAAUUGGUGGGCUGCUUCUGGACUACCUUCACAUGGUUGAGCUGUACGAGCGGUACAUGGACAAGCUGCCCCGGGUGCUGGAGCGCCUGUGGAGCAGCUGCUGCCACGGCGGGGCCUUCGAGGACGCCUACCGGGACUUUGAGCUCCAGGGGGAGUGCUACCUGCCCCUGGCCGCCUUCCUGCUGCACCCCGUGCACCGGCCCCUGCAGCUGUGCGGCCUCGUGGAGCGACUUCACGGGAGCUACGAGUCCAAUCAUUCCGACAAGAACUCCUGCUCGGACGUACUCCACAAGUUGAAGAGGUUCACCAACUCUCACAAGGAAGCCACUCACAAGUUGGAGAAUCAGGUCAAGAUGAUGGAGCUUCAGCGAGAUCUGACGGGCCUCGAUAACUUGGUGCAGCCUGGAAGGGAGUUUGUGAGGGAGGGUUGCCUCCAGAAGCUGUCGAGGAAGGGUUACCAGCAAAGAAUGUUCUUCUUGUUCUCGGACGUGCUGAUCUACGCCAGCCGGACGUCUGGGCCGCGACUGCAGUUCAAGGUGCACGGGCAGCUGCCGCUGCAGAGCCUCAUGGUGGAGGAGACAGAGCCCAAGGUGGAGGCCGCCUUCCGCUUUACCAUCUACGCCGGCAACAGGGCUCUCAUGGUGGCCGCAGGAUCUGAGGAGGAGCGUCAGCGCUGGAUGAAGGACCUCUCGGACUGCAUCGAGCUGGCAAGAGACCACAAGGACACAGGCCUCUUCUAUUCUAGUCUCAAGUCCUGCAACUCCUCGGACGAGCGACUGGACCGUGCCCCCCAGGAGAGCCCCGCCGGCGGCAAGUGGACGGGCCAGCCGGCGCAGCACUCCAACACCGCCCUGCACCUCUGCUGGCACCGCAACACCAGCAUCGGCAGGCAGCAGCACCAGCAGGCUUUCCUGCACUACCUCAGUGGCUACCUGCUGAGAAAGUUCAAGAACAGCUCUGGCUGGCAAAAGCUCUGGGUGGUGUUCACCAACUUCUGCCUCUUCUUCUACAAGUCUUUCCAGGAGUCUGCCCCGCUGGCCAGCCUCCCACUGCUGGGCUACACGGUGACGGUUCCCGGACCAGACGACAACAUGAGCAAGGAGUUUGUCUUCAAGCUGCAAUACCGGAACCACGUGUACUUCUUCCGCGCCGAGAGCGAGUACGCCUUCGACAGAUGGAUGGAGGUCAUCAGCAGUGCAGCCGUAAAAAAACUAAACUGAACUGCAACGUUUUCCUGCUCGUCGUAUCAAGGGCAACAUCAAAAACACGCACGUGUCUUAGCUUGCAAGCAAGCGCAAGAAGUAAUUUUGGAUGCAUAUAUGUUUGCGCACUCUUUAUAAAUUGAUGCACAUUAAGUUGUUGUGCUCAACAGCCUUAUAUACAAUAAGUUUGUCAUUUUCACGUUUGGGAGGCCUGUGCAGUUUCCUGCAGAAAUGCUGAUCAAGAAGCAGAAAGGAGGUAACUCCCUCAAUUCCCCCUUCUGCAGGAGGUAGCUAGAGACUAGCUCCUAUGAGGAGAGGAGAGAAGGAAACUGGGAACCGGUUUUCUUCCCAGCAGAUUCUGUAAGUCGGCCUUUAAGGCUGACAUUAACUUUAGAGUACUCUGCCUUGAUGUGCAGAAAACGUCGUGGAAAGCUUUCUUCUGUAUGUGAAGCAAGCAGUGAACAAAGCACUUGUCAAACAUUGUUGAUUGUCCUUUAAAGCCCAUAAGGGUCAUUUGGCCUCUUUUCCUACUUUUUGGUUUACUUUUCUACUGCUACUUGUUUGUAAAGAAGACUUUGCCAGUCUAACGUGCAUAAUAUUUGGGGCCAUCCAUGAUGAAAUGACAAAACUGCCAUUGCAUGGCAGAGCUGAAAUGUACAGAGGGUGACAUAUUUUGCGUGAACAAGCGAUUGCUGCUUUUUUCCAUUUUUUCCCCAAUGCCUCGUUUGAGCAAGUGCAAAAAAAGGCAACAAUGCUGUGUUCAUGCUGCCUUGCAAAGCGUACCAGUUAUCGUGUAAUUUCAUGUGGCAUGAUGUUUUCUCAGGAUUUUGUUGGCCUACAUUGAGUGCUUGUGCAGUAAAUUACAUGAUUUUUGUGAAUUUUAUAUUUGUAAGGAUGACGAUUUGCACUGAGGCAAAUGGCUAUAAGUUUUUUUUGUUGCAAAUUGUGCUAAAGGUUUUAAUUUUUCCGAGUGAUAUUUGAUGCAUAAUAUUGGAGUGAAGUAUGCUUCCCUUUUCGAGGUAGUAACACCUUAUUCAAAAGCUCUUUCUGUAUGUGUAUCUCUUCAUGAAACUGAAUAUUGCAGACAGCUUAACUUUUGUGAGAACCUAACUUUUUUAGAUUUUAGAAAUAUUACAAAAAUAUUAUCCCCUAAUGAAUAUCAUAGCAUGCCACUCGCAGUCACAAAAUUUGGUGCUCAUGAAAUAUUCCCAAUACGUCCUUGGAACCUCGGAAAAUUUGUGAAAUACUAAUCCUGCGAAAAUAAGGUUGUUGACUGUUCUAUAAAUAUUGUCAUGUAAUUCAGUUUUCUCAGCUAAGGCUGCUAGUAGUACUGAAAAAGCUUCAAUAGCCUUCAGUUAUUUGUGAGACCUAAAAAGCUGUGAGGGGCUUUUGUUCUCUUUCUUUUAGGUAUGAGUACACUAACGGGUUUUCAACACGCCCACGAUACAGUUUGUGCAAUCUUUUGUUUUUAUACAGUGAACCCAUAAGAGUCUUCGUUAGUGUCUGUUUGACUGAUUUAUUGGCUGCCGGUGGCUUUCUUGAAUGUUUUACCUGUUAGUCCAUUCUUGUCCAUUCCUCGCUGGGACAGCAGCAAAAGCGAGCAUUUCCAUUUUCUUCUUUGUCAGACUUUUUUGGCUGCCACCUAUUUUUGUAACGUUGUACUCUUUCGUGCUUUCACAUAAGCUGCGAUGUGCUUGAUACUGCUUGUCACAUUCUUUUUUACAUCUGUAUGUCAAGCCACAGGGCCGGCCCUAGGAGUGGGCGACCUGGGAAGUUGCCCAGGGUGCCACCGAAAGAGGGGCACUGCCACACCCCCCUAUUGAAUUGUUUUUAGCUUUUUGAUUUAUUUGAACAGACCACCCGACACGAUGCUGUGUGCUCGAACACCGUUCGUCCUUGGAAUGCGGUUCUCGUAUGACAAAACGCUUGUGUUGGGCCACUACUGGCAUGUUUACUAACAGUGUGAUGUCAUACCUAAUACAUAGGGGCGUAUAAAAAGGGGGCGGGGCAGGGCGAAGAAGAAGGGAAGGGCAUGGCCGGAGUUUGCCCAGGGCUCCUGGUGGUGUAGGGCCGGCCCUCUCAUGGUAACUUUAGAUUGUAAAGGUAAUGAAAGAAAGUGUUAAAAAAAUUAUGGAGGUGUAAUAAAAUUUGUACUUUGCUUAUUAA